AUGAGUCGGCUCCCGCAUCCUCACUCUGCUCACGGCAGAAUCGAGCAUUUUCAGGACUUCACCUCGUUAGACUGGUGUCAAGACCUGUUGUCCGACCCAUCCAUGACGCGUAUUCAGAAGCGCCACGUUCCCGAUCAGCGCGAGGAUAUAUCCAAUACAUUUUUCACGAAGACGCUGUUUACCGAUGAAGCCCUGAGAGCAUAUAUCUCUAUGUACAGGCCCGGCAGGAUCGGCCGAGAUCACGACGAGAAGACCGUGUCUACCGGGAGCGCAUCUAUGGGAAGCGGAGGUGCAGGACACAUUCGAGCUGAGGGAGCAGAGCCCUCUUUGUUGUCCAAGGAAGAAUAUAUUUGGAGCGCAACGGAUCCUGAUACACCAGAGAUGUACCUCCUGAUAAGCAUUGGACAUGACAUGGAUGGCGGUGUACAGCGCCUUCAUGGAGGAGUUACAGCGACACUUCUUGAUCAAGUUAUGGGCACGCUCAUAUCGUAUGUGUACGACAGCACCUGCCCGACGGCCGAUCUGAAUAUCAAGUACAAAGCAGCGGUAAAUACGCCGUGUGUUUUGCUUUGCAGAGCGAAAGUGGUCCGCAAGAUGGGUAGAUGGAUCGAAUCCGUGGGCUGGAUUGAGGAUGGGCAAGGCAAAGUCUUUGCAGAGGGCAAAGGCGCCUUUGUCAUGAACAAGAACACGUUGGCAGCAGCAGCCAAAAUAUGA